AAGAAAAGUUCAUCUUCGGCUGCAUCGCCAUUUGGAUUAUCGGUUGAUGAUGGGGUCACUUUACUCAGAGGAAUACCCUUGUUGUUAAUACUUCUCAUCGGUGGUAUCAUUACCGUUUGUGGUACCGUUUUCCUUGGUAUUGUGGCCAUUUUCCGUCUUCGACGAAAUAUUUUGGUCAAUGGUGAUAAUUCAAGGGGUUCAGGGAAAGUUGAAGGUGGAAAAGUAGCCAAUGGUGGUAAUGGUAGAGGUGGAGAUGAUAAUAUGAGUGUUACAGAGCGGAUUUCCGGUUCCUCUAUUGUCCAACCGGAAUUAUUAACACUCACUUCACAAUCAUCAAAUGCAACUCAUCAUCUAAAUCAUUUGUCAUCAACUAAUGGACUAACCACUAAUAAUGCAAUCAUGUUUCGUGAUGAUGAUGAUGAUUGUUACUGUGAUAAUACAAUUUCUGAAUCACUAUUAAUAUCUGGUAAUGUUAAUCAUUCUCAUAAUAAUGAUCAUCAUCAUCUUUCUUAUCAUCAUCAUCAUCACCAAUCCUCCCUGCCCAAUGCUAAUCAUCAUCAUCAUCCUAACUCUCAUCUUAAUCAACACAAUCAAAGGCAAUCAAAUGUUCAACUACACCGGAUUAAUGAAUCACCAAAUGACAAUGGUACUAAUAAUAAUAACGAGGGUCAACUUGGUGGUUAUGAUAAUUUCAAUUCAGAAAAAGGUCCACCUGAUAUUAUACCUUCAAUUGGUUAUCAAGCAGGAGGCGGAAAUGGAGGUGAAGAAGGAAGAGGAAAUAUGGAGAAACAAUUUCUAGCUUAUGGAUAUUCGGAGGAUUUGGAUCAAUCAAAUGGCAAUAAUAUCGUUGAAUAUGCUGAGCUUGCAUUCCCUGGAGGUGGACCAUUGAAUGCUAAACUAUCUUCCCAUCAGGUCAUUUUCCCGUUGCCCGGAGGUCGUUUAAAUCAAGUUACAUCUUCAAAUAAUAACAUUAACAAUUUGAACAACAAUAAUAACAAUUUAAAUGUGACAAAUAAUAAUAACACCACCAAUCAGAUUGUUAAUCACCCUGAACGGAUUGAAUAUGCAAAGAUUGAGUUUCAAAAAAACUCUCGUGUCAAUAUAAUCACUUCUGGAAGCCCGAAAUUUGAAUCAACUGUUUAAUUAGCUGAAACUUUAAUUAGCAAAUUAAAUCAAUUAACAUUAUGGUCAACAGGAAAUAAAAAUUUGUCACAAUUUGCCAACAAUCAAGAUUUGAUCAAUUAUAUGAGAGCUUCCAUCAGACUAAUGAAAUCAAAUUUAGACACAACAAUUAAUUAAUAUUUGCUAAUUGUUGAAAUGUCAACUCUUUUUCAUCUCUUAAUCCAAACCAUUAACUACCUCAAUCUUAAUUGUAAAUCCAUAUGAUUAACUCUCAAAUGGAUUAACCAACAUGUUUGACAAUAUGAUUUAAAGCAAAACAUAAUUAAUACAAUUAAUUAAAACUUAUCAAACUUUUUUUGUACCUUUUCAGUUUAAUUUUGAACAGAAUUUAAUUCAGUUUCCAAAUGAUUAAUGAUUAUAUCAUCUAUGCUCAUGUAAUUUAAAUUACUAGAAAUUUAAUUAUUUUUUCUAGAUUAAAAAUUUUCUAUU